AUGAGUUUCAUAAACUUGUUCAAGUCGUUGUCGAACUUCCAGUUCCCUUUUACACUCGAGGAUAAGCCCGUUUCCGAGACUACGUUAUGGCAGGUGUUUAACGGGUUGAGGAAGUCUGAUUCGGUACCGGUUACAGUGUUCAAGGCAAAUAGAUCACAGCAAACCGAGGCUUUAAUUACAAAUGCUAUUCAUAAGGCUAAGAUUUUGAAGAUCCCUGGGCUUUGUCGUGUACUCGAGACGUUUGAUUCAGAUCCACAAUCCACUUUCAUCGUCACUGAGCGUGUUACACCAUUCCCAUGGGAUGAUAUUGCCACGCUACAAAGGAACAAAGAGGCUUUGGAGUUGGGAAUUUCUCAACUCUUGACUACUUUGACGUUCUUAAACGCGUUUGUGCUCGGAACCAUCGGCAAGGACUCCAUCUUCAUCGAUUCCAAGGGCCAAUGGCUGUUGUUUGGACUGGAAAUGUGCUCCAAAGUCACAGAUAUAUCCAAUCCGGAGAGAUAUCUGGAUAGCUUGCAUGAUUACAACAGAUUGUUAGGGUUAUCUAGUUCGUGUAACAACUUGAACAAGAUCGAUGCCAUGAGCCUAGGCUCAUUAAUAACUACCAUUUUUGGCACUACUGCAAAAAUACCAAAAGAUUGGCAGUCACCAGUGCAAAGCUUGGCCUCUGGAAGAACGUCUAUUGAAAAUUUCAUGAACAAGUUGCAGUUGACCGACACUUGGCUCUCUAAUCCACUUAUCACCAUUUAUCAACAGUUGAAAGAAUUACAUAUAAAGGAACCUCAGGAAAAGCUUGCUGUUAUGACUAAUUUACAAACAUCAUUCUUUGAGAAUAAGGAUCUGUACCAUAAUCUGUCAGCACAAUUUGUUGAAGGACUGGUAAUCCCAGAAAUUGCGAAUGUGAUCAAAUGGCUCAUGACUUCCCAAAACAAUUCUACUUCUGCUGUUUCCAGAAUAAUUCCUCUAUUAGCAAUAUAUCUCGACCUUUCCACAGAGAGACAAUAUUUUCCAGAGAACUCCAAACAGUUGAUUUACGACUGUUUUGGAUUGCCAGACAGACAGAUUAGAUUUCUGCUGCUGAUAUAUUUGCCAAAGAUCAGUAAACAUUUGAACAAGGGUGAAAUAUCUACGAAGAUCUAUCCAAGGUUUAUUCAAGGUAUGGCGGAUGCAGAUGCGACUUUACGUUUGCAAACUUUGAAGAGAGUGCCAAUCGUGGUUCCCUUCAUUACCGAAAGGCAAUUGAACAAUGAACUUUUGAGAUUUUUGGCAAAAACUCAGGUAGAUGCUGAGGUCGAGAUACGUACCUGGACCGUCAUAAUAAUAACAAGGAUCUCCACACUGCUUUCUACAUCAUCAGGCAACAGAUCAAACAUCUUGGCUACAGCAUUCACGAAAUCCUUGAAGGACCCAGUGACAAAACCAAGACUGGCAGCACUAUAUGGUCUAGCAAAAUCAAUUGAUCUAUUCGAUGUCGCCACGAUUGCUAACAAGAUUUUGACAGUGAUCGCUCCAGGUUUGCUGGAUAAGGACCCCCUUGUGCGCUCGAAAGCUAAGGGUUUGUUCGAAAAGUAUCUCAACAAAUUGGAAGAUGAGGCAAAAGCUAUACAGAGUGCCAAUUCUGGCUCGCACUCGGAGGAUAUUAACUUUGAUCAAUAUGGCGAAGAGGAAACCAGUGACGAUACGGAACUGGUUAAUCAGUUUAUGGCCACGCUGAUGCUCUCAUCAACUCCUGAACCAGAUCUGCUGACCAAAAACAACACAGUCGAAGACAAUGGUUGGGAUACACAAGAUCAAGACUUGGAUGAUGGCGGUUUGGAUACUGCAUCUGAAAAGAUAAACCAACAAAAUGCCUUCAAGAGUACUCCGGUUCCUAUCGAAAAAUCUUGGAACGAUGAGCUCAAUGAGGAAUUGGAUGAUGGUUGGGAUGACCAGAGCUUUUGGGAGGAAUCGCAACCCAAAGAACCCCCCAAACCUGUAAUUAAAACUGUCAAAAAAACAAGCAUUCUCGCCACUAAGAGACCCACUGGGGCUAUACGAUCAUCAAGAUCGAGCUCCACGAACACAAAAGUUGGUUUUCCAGCAGCAUCAGUGCCUAAGAAUAAACCAGUGAAGAACAUCUUUAAAGAGACCGAGGUCAUAGUCAAUGAUGAAGAUACGGUUGACGACUCAUGGGAUGGUGAGUGGUGA